AAGUUCAUCCAAACCUUCAACCUCUGCUGUGACGGACUCGCCACCACUCCGUGUCGCCAUCAGUGCCGUACUCGUUUCUCUGUGUCCCUUUUUCGGCGUUGCGGCACAAGUCUGCGGACGCUGUUGCGGCGUUUUCCAAAGACUCAUUUACGCAAGAGUUUCCGGAAACACAGCUUAGAGGACAUCGGUGUGAGGAUGGCUGCGUACAAGCUGGUGCUGAUCCGCCACGGAGAGAGCUGCUGGAACCAGGAGAACCGUUUCUGCGGCUGGUUCGACGCGGACCUGAGCAAGACCGGGGAACAGGAGGCCAAGAGAGGAGGACAGGCCCUGAAAGAUGCUGGCUAUGAAUUUGAUGUAUGCUACACCUCUGUCCUGAAGAGGGCCAUCCGCACCCUUUGGUUUGUUUUGGACAGCAUCGACCAGAUGUGGGUGCCUGUCCAUAGAAGCUGGCGUCUAAAUGAGCGUCACUACGGUGGCCUGACUGGGCUGAACAAGGCGGAAACCGCAGCCAAACAUGGAGAGGCCCAGGUCAAGAUCUGGAGGCGUUCUUUCGACAUUCCACCCCCAUCCAUGGAUGAGGAGCAUGACUUCUAUCAGUCCAUAAGCAAGGAUCGACGUUAUGGCGACCUGACUGAGGACCAGCUUCCCUCCUGUGAGAGUCUUAAGGACACCAUUGCCAGAGCUUUGCCUUACUGGAACGAAGAGAUUGUCCCACAAAUUAAAGAGGGCAAGAGGGUGCUGAUUGCUGCCCACGGCAACAGUCUCCGGGGCAUCGUCAAGCAUCUCGAAGGUAUGUCAGAGGAGGCCAUCAUGGAGCUGAACCUGCCCACAGGCAUCCCCAUUGUCUACGAGCUGGACAAGAACCUGAAGCCUUUAGGACCCAUGCAGUUCCUGGGAGACGAAGAGACUGUCAAGAAAGCCAUGGAAGCUGUGGCUGCUCAGGGCAAAGCUAAAAAAUAGAGACAGGUUAAAUUAUGGUCAUUACAGAUUUUUAGCAUGCGCACGCACACACACACACACACCAUGUGCACUUUAUUUGAGUAAUACCCAGCUUCCCAUUGAACGUUACAUCUGAUGUUUGCUUUGUUUAUUUUACCUUCUGGCAUACUGAAGCAUACAUUUCAUUAUCAGUGAUGGAUUUCAACUGUAAUAUGGUUUUAGCUCUGACCAAAAACGCAACAUAGGGACCAGCAGACAAAGACUACUCCUGCCGAUUCACUUGUUGAAGCUUUGCUUCCUGUUUACAGUGUAGGUGAAACUCAGUGGGAGCAGUACCACCUGUAGAGUCACACUGGUUGUUUGAAGGGCAGAUAGAAAUGCUCUUUUUUGUUUGCUGUGGCAUUGUGAGAAAAACAAUAAAUGUUGUCAUUAUGUGAUGAAAGCCUU